GCGCGCAGGGCCGCCGUGGCGGGAGAAGCGCUUCCGGUGGCGGCGGAGGCGGCGCUGAGCGGGUCCCGAGAGCGGCGCGGGCGGUGGCCUGGGGGGAGCGUCUAGGACAAUGUCUGGAGAACUUCCACCAAACAUUAACAUCAAGGAACCUCGAUGGGAUCAAAGCACUUUCAUUGGACGAGCCAAUCAUUUCUUCACUGUAACUGAUCCCAGGAAUAUUCUGUUAACCAACGAACAACUAGAGGAUGCAAGGAAAGUAGUGCAUGAUUACAGGCAAGGAAUUGUUCCUCCGGGUCUCACAGAAAAUGAGUUAUGGAGAGCAAAGUACAUCUAUGAUUCAGCUUUUCAUCCCGACACUGGUGAAAAGAUGAUUUUGAUAGGAAGGAUGUCAGCUCAGGUUCCAAUGAACAUGACCAUCACAGGUUGUAUGAUGACAUUCUAUAGGACCACGCCGGCAGUGCUGUUCUGGCAGUGGAUCAACCAGUCUUUCAAUGCCGUGGUCAAUUACACCAACAGAAGUGGAGACGCUCCCCUCACUGUAAAUGAAUUGGGAACAGCUUAUGUUUCUGCAACAACAGGUGCUGUAGCAACAGCUCUAGGACUCAAUGCGUUAACCAAGCAUGUCUCUCCGCUCAUAGGACGCUUUGUUCCCUUCGCUGCGGUAGCUGCUGCUAAUUGCAUUAAUAUUCCGUUAAUGAGGCAAAGGGAACUCAAAGUUGGCAUUCCUGUCACAGAUGAAAACGGGAACCGCCUGGGCGAGUCGGCAAACGCUGCCAAACAAGCCAUCACACAAGUAGUCGUCUCCAGGAUCCUCAUGGCAGCCCCCGGCAUGGCCAUCCCUCCAUUUAUCAUGAACACUUUGGAAAAGAAAGCCUUUCUCAAGAGGUUCCCAUGGAUGAGCGCACCUAUUCAAGUUGGAUUAGUUGGCUUCUGUUUGGUAUUUGCUACACCUCUGUGCUGUGCUCUGUUUCCUCAGAAAAGUUCCAUGUCUGUGACAAGCUUGGAGGCCGAGCUGCAAGCCAGGAUCCGAGAGACCCAUCCUGAAUUACGGCGGGUGUACUUUAACAAGGGAUUAUAGAGUAGGGAAAGAAACAUCUUCAGAGGAUCCUACCAACCGCAAGUGUGGUGUAGCCAAGUUGGUAAGGAAUAUCCUGGUCCUGGUCGACCGGUGACAGAAACCUUUUAACGAUCCACAUUAGCCUUUUAGAGUCAAGCUGCUACUGGGGUGGCCUCCCCUUACAUUUGAAUCAUGGUAUAAUUUACAGAAACACCCUUCCUGUAGCUUUUAUAGCCACUGUUUUUUCAAAGACAAUAUCCCAACCCUCACCCAGAGUUUUCAAAAGCACUGUUAGGCAUAGAGUAGAUGUUCAGUAUAUUGACUGUCAGUCAAUGAAAAGGAAAUCUGUUUAAAAUACUGAAUUUUUAUCCUCCACUUGUUUCAAAUCAAGGAGAGCUCUCAGUAGUGAGUUGAGAAAACACAAAAGCCCUGAAGCUAAACUGUAAAAGAAAAUGACUCAUAAAUAUUAAGGACAGUUUACUUUCCUGCCCAGUUUGGGCUGGAGGCAACCCGAAGUAGAAGAUGAGUUCUUUGCAUUUGUAAGAUAAAAGCUCCUUCAUACACCUCCCGGAAGUCAGAGUGAUAGACAAUGGUGGAAGGUCCCUGCUGUCAACAGCUGUAUGCUUUCAUAUUGCUGGUGGAUUUCUUCGGUUGAGUUUGAAAUUUAUUCUAUUUUACAUUCUUAUGAAGAUAUUAAUCUUACCUUGCACUUGUUGACUUUAUAUUCAAUAUUUAAAUCAACUAAUCAAAUAACGGAAAUGCACAAAUGUCAAAUUUUGGAAGUAUAUUCGAAACCAACGCUGUAUGACUGGGUUGAAUCUGGCAUGUUUGAUUUUUUUUUUUUAGAAGCGAGAGAACAGUUCCAUCUGCCUGCAUGUCUUUUCUUGUCAUCCUCGUAGAUCUCUUUGGCUUUCAGAAAGAUACGGAAAUAAUGUGUAUGUGAAUCAAUGACUCAAUGAGUUUUACUUGAAUGUUGUAUAUUACAUUCCACCCUGUUUGAAUAUAAUGAACCCGUGGACCACUGUUUACAUUAUCUGUAGUAGCUUCACAUAUAAUAUAUUUAAUGUAACAGAUUAUGUUUCAAUUCUAUAGAAGUUCAAAGGCAUAUGUGAGGUGGUCAUUUCACUGAGUGUAGACCACUUGAUUCAAUUUGUAAUUCAGAGACUUAUAAGUGGGAAAAAAAUGUAGAAACUAGUUUGGGCAAAUUUUUCCUGACAAUGUGACCAGACUGAAUUUCCUCAUAAAGAAAAAAUGGUGUG